CCGUCUUUUUCCUAUCUGCUCCGUAACCGGUAUCCAACUUUAUUAGUCGAACAUCGGGAUUACAACUACUAGGCCAGUUACCUUAAGUUAAGAGGUUACUAGGAGCCCUCGUAAGUAUUAUUUUUGUUAAUAUUGUUGUUUCGUCUCUUAUCAGCGAUCGCAAUGCAUGGUAUAUUCCGCGACGCCCGUGUUGCUUCGCGCUAAGGUUGAUGAGUUGUCUUAGUCUUUUGAGCUUCUGUUUCGAUUCGUCAGAGAUAAUCGUUUGUGCAUGCUUGCACAAGUUCGACUACCGAAUCUCUACCAACACACCUACCUACCCUCCGCACUCUAUUCUCAACGACCUACCUAAUGUUAGGUUUAUUUAGAUUGAGGUGUCCCUCUUUGAUUUUGAUGUUGUCUAGGCACUGCUACGCACCCGUUACUUCAAAGCCCCUCUCCAGAUAUAUUAAUUCCGUAGCUCCCUUUGCACAUUUCUACUGCAACGUCUCUCUACCUGUCUCGUGUCGAUAUCCCAAGCUUACCGAAGCUACACAUCUUCGCUUUUUGUGUGUGGGUCCCGCUGGACGGUAUGCACGUAUUUUCGAUCCGAGAGCAAAUCGGAAACCCGAAAACCAUUCUUCAUCAUCAUUUGUUUGCGACUCGGUCGAAUUUAGCUUGCUUGCUUACCUGGUACCUAGGUUCGAGUCUGGAGUCUGACGCUCGCUUCAAUGCUCACUUUAAGGUCCUGUUCCUGACUUACCUGAUGGAAGGUAAAAUUGAAAUAAUGACAAACUGCUUCAUACAUAGUACAUAGGUAGAAUAUAGAAUAUCGAACAAGCUAGACAAAAGCAAAACUACCUAACCUAACCUAACCUAAUGACUCAGACCUCUACCCAACUAUGUAUAAAUCAUGUAAGUUAGGUAGAUU